AGUUCUGAUCAAUUCCCACCUAAUUCUUAUCAAUUUCAACCUAUUUCUUCUCAAUUCCCACUUAGUAUUUAUCAAUUCCCACCUAUCUUGCCUAAUUCUUACCAAUUUCGUCUUAUUUCCCAUCAAUUUCCUCUUACUUAUUCCCACCUAUCUUGCCUAUUUCUCAUCAAUUUCCUCUUACUUAAUUCUCAUCAAUUUCCACCUAAUUCUCAUCAAUUCCCACUUAAUUCUCAUCAAUUUCCACCCAAUUCUCAUCAAUUCCCAUCUAGUUCUCAUCAAUUCCCACUUAAUUCUCAUCAAUUUCCACCUAAUUCUCAUCAAUUUCCACCUAAUUCUCAUCAAUUCCCACUUAUUUCUCAUCAAUUUCCUCUUACUUAA